AUGUCCCUCAAACGGAAAGCUUCGUUUACAGCUCUCCCGACCAGUCAGUCAGUUCCGGCUCCCAGUGAAUGGGGUAUGGUGAUGGAUGGGAGCACACAUCUCCACAGUCGGACGCGAAAGCGGUUCAGAGACGAUCGUCCUAGUGACCAAGUGAUUUACCAGAACACCCUACGAUGGAUCUUCUCCGCUCAAAAGCAGCAGGAGUCUACACAGGCCUCCGAUAUGAAUAUGGUAGACUCACAGCCGACUCUCGAAACACCAGAAGCUGUUGACCCCCGACAGCAAACAUUAGACCGAUUCUUCCAACACAAACCCCAGCAAUUAUCGUCUUUCCGACCAUCCCGCCAAGCACUUGCACCUCGAGCCAAUGAGACUGCGCUCGCCCAAGAAGAUCUCCUGCGUCGCCGGGCGUUUAAUCAGAUGAGCUCCGGAGACAGCUCGAGCGAGAGCAACAGUCCCGGAUCCAAUCAGACGGAGAAUGAUAUGAACAUGGACGUGGACAUGGAUCGCAGAGGUGGUAGUGAUUGGUUGGUUCAGGCGCCCAAAAACUGGGUAGGAGGAGGGGCCUGGAUGUAA